AUGAACAUUCAUCCUCGUGAAGAUGGAGAUAGAUUUUGGAGAAUGCCUGAAUGUUACAUCCGUGGAAACACAAUCAAGUAUCUUCAUGUACCGGAUGAGGUAAUCGAUAAAGUUCAGGGGUAGACCAAGAGCCGGUCAGAUAGAAAGCCACCUGGAGUGGGCUGUGCAAGGGGAAGAGGUGGAAGGCAGCCAAAAGGCAUUGGGCGUGUGGUAGAUGAUGGAGUUGCCAAGGGCACAGGUGGUGGCCGGGGCAAAGGAGUAUCUGCGGGCAAGACUGUUGCCAAUAGAGGUCAUUGCUCGGCAUGCUUACUUGUCAUUUCUAUUGUGGAUGAGGAAUGGAACACAACAGAGUUGCAUUCCUUGGCAUGUGAGGUGCAGGACGUGGUCGUGGUUAAUCAAAAUCUAUAGCAGUUUUGAGGUAAUUGUUGUUUGAUGUACACAAGGUGCAUAAUAAUAUCAAGAACCAAAGCUGGAGGGACUAUUUUAUAUUUGCUGCGCGCCUGUACCAUAGUCAAUAGACGAGGAUUGUGAAGGAAAUGGUUUGCUCCAAAGAUCAUAAUUUCAACCUAAACAUUUAUAUGUCAAGUUUCAAGUAUAUGGUGAAGUCUUGAAUCCUUAUUAUUAUUUAAGAGAUUCAUUGCAUAUUUGAAGAUGUAACCCAACAAAUGACAAAUAGAUAAAGCGUUACAGUUUUUGUAAUUAUUUAAUUAGAAAAGUUAAAAUAUUGAGUUCACGCAGCUUAAAAUUCUUGUAUAAAUAAAUAAUACUUGCAAAAUUGGAUUUC